UAAAUAGCUUAUGUAAUAUGACUUUUAAAAUGCCUAGUGCAACCGAUGGCGAUGAAAAUAAUGUCGUCUACUCCUUUAAGAAAGUAGAAAAUUUACAAGAAAAACGAAAACAACUUUUUCAAAGUCGUGAAAGCCGUACUAUCAAGGUAUUCAAUAUACCGUUAUAUAUGGAAAAUUAUAAUUUAAAGGCUGUUUUUAGUCGAUAUGGAGAAUUAGAAGAAGAUGGCAUUACUACACGACUUAAAGGUAUAUACAGACAAGCUUUUAUAACCUACAAAGACGAACUUAGCGUACAACCUUUUUAUGCUCAAUGGAGUGUAUGGGCGUUUAAAGAAUGUCUCUCAGUGGUACCUGUUUUGCUAUCUGAAGAUAAAAAAUCUGAAAGGUUCCAAUUUGCAGCAAAAAUUAAUGGUUUACCGUUUAAUACUUGUGCACGUUAUUUACAACCAUUGGUUACUGAAACCAGCGCUGCGUCUAUUUUUAUUCCACGCAACCUCGUGACAUAUAAACCUAUGAAAUAUGCUUUUGUAUAUUUUAGAAAUGAUGAAGAUUUUAGUAUUGCAACCAAUAAUGUAUAUGAAUAUGAAGGUCAACAACUAGAAUGGUCCCCGUUAGAUACCAAAUCUUGUCAUAGAUGCGGAUAUACGGGACAUGUAGCUAAUGAAUGUCAAACGGAAUUACGACAACGUUCAAAUAAAUUAAAUCGUAAUCAACUGCUCCAACAGUUUAAAAAUCGUAAUAAAUCUAAAUUCAAUUCAUACGCUGAUGCUACUAAGGGAAAUAGAUAUCCUAAUAAUCGACAACGACAUUGGAAUCAAAAUAAUAUUAUCAACCGACAACGUAAUAACAAUACUUAUACCUUUAGUGAAGAAGAAAUGCAAGCUUGGGGUGACGAAGAAGAUAUAAGUGACAACAACCACAACCCAAUUCAAGGCGGUACUAGGAAAGGAGGCUCUAUGCAUGAUCCAAAUAACAACACACAUACAUCUUCACAAAAUGAUUUAUCAGAAAUUAAAAAACAACUUACUACUUUAAAUACAAUGAUUACCGAAUUUAGAAAAGAAAAUGAUAUAGUUAGAAAAGAAAUUAAUUCAAUUAAAGAAACCUUUAAAAAUAAUUAUAAUCGUAAAGGUCUCCAACAAAAGCCUUACAAAUUACCAAUUGUUAACGAUAAUAAUAAGCGUGCCAAACCUGACUCAUCUUCAAGUGAAAAUGAUGACAACAACUUAGUGCUUAACUUAGAAUCAAGAGUAGAAAAACAAGAUAGUUUAUUAAAUAAUAUGUUCAAUAUGAUCACAAAACUUACUGGACAACUUUCCGAUAAAGAACAAAAUGAUUCUACUACAACUAAAAUUGCAAGUAUUGGGGGUACUAGCAAUUCAGCCAACCAGUUCGAAUCCACUUUUUAAAUCUUAAUGAUUGUACAACCCAAUAAUAAUAAUUUAAUUAAUAAUUAUUCUAACAAUCCACCCCCACAUUUAAUUAAUUAUAAAAGAAAAAAGAAAAAGAAGAAAUAAACAAACUUAAUGGAAGAUAAUACAAUUCCAAAUCAAAUUCACAAUAACAUAGAUAUGUUUAACGAGCACUAUAAUCAGAAAUAUUUUACAAAAAUAGCGGUGCUUAAUAUAUGUACCUUAACAGAAUAUAAAUUGAACAAUAUUUUUGACUAUAUAAGAAAAAAUGGUGUCGAUAUAAUGGGUAUUACUGAAACACAAAAAGCUGAUAAAGAAAUUAAUUUUUUCAAUGCAGAUAAAGCUGGAUACAAAAUUAUUUCAC